CUUCGUCGUGGGGAUGAGAUCGCAACGAGGAAUGACGUUGUACGAUCCAACAUUCGCGCGUCGACGGUGACACGGUAUAAAGACUACACGCGGUUUGUUCUACAUACACGUUACACGUGUCACGAUCGUGGAUUCAGUUCCGUUUCGUGGCAACUAAUCGUGGAUCACUCCCGUUUGACGGUACGAGAGGCGUGUUUCCCAGGCUGUGCAACUGUGCGGUGCUAUCCCCGUUUCUCCAUCUUCCGCAUUCCUCGCUUCGAUUGGAGUAUCUCUCCGUGCAGGACGAGACCGUAUAUCGACAUCGACGGUUCCACAACAACUACGGAGACCAAUAGCACCAGCGACACAGUCCCCGAUUCGAUUGAAGGAAAGCUACAGGAACACCAGCUGAAAUCAUCCGAAUUUGGUUAGUGACAGACGGAGGAUGAGUUAAGCUGUGCACGAAGAAAAGAAGAGCAAAAGAGAGAGAAAGAGGGACAGAGAACCAAACACGAGGCUACGUCAUCGACAAAUUUUCCUAGGUAUGCAGCAGCGAGGAUGCAACGGUCGAUGACGUGAAUCGACCGACUUUUCGGUCGAUAACUGCCUGCCACGUCUGAAUGGCUAGCCAACCAUUUGGCUACUGCUGUCGGAGGACUGUCUUGCCAUCGUAUGGGGACCGGAUGGCCGGUGUCUAAGUGCGUUUCCUCCGCGUGGUUCACCGUACGAUAAUCUCGUCUGUAACUGAUACAUUUCUAGAUAUUCCGUUUCCAUCGUCUCAUUCCCAAAUGCUGUUCGUUUACGGCUGAAAUCGUUUCGUCUUCUCUACGAAGUUUCUUCGUACUCCACUCAUCCAUCAUCGAGUUCGAGUAAAAGAGAGAAAGAGAAAAAGAGAGAUUGGAGAGAGGCAGAGUUACAAGCACAUUGAAGUCCCACGUUGGAGUUUCGCGAGAUAGAAGAAGCGGAACGCGGGAACGGGGGAACGAGCGGCAACGUUUGGAAUAGCAGUUUGUCGAAGGUCGCUGCCGAUCCACGUAAUCAAAAAGUUUGGAACAGAGCGGGCCAUAGAAAAAGGCUAGUUCGGUUAAUCUCGAAGCGGAGAGGGAAACGAAGUGAAUGGUGGGUUUGUUUUUGUUUGUUAAUCGUACAUCGAAGGUAAGUGGGCACAUACUACGGAGGUUGUGUCCGCGUCCGCGAGGCGGAUGAGGAAAAAGUGGACGAUAAACGCGGAACUCACCGAUUCUACGUACGUCGCCCUUGAUUCGGAGGACAGCCACGUGUACCGUACACGUUCACGAUUAUCGGUAUCACAAGAAUUACGUCGAUUUCCCCACUAACAGCCACAUGACUUGACGAUCGCCCCACCUACCGCUGUUCGUCGUUGAGCGAAAGCGGCGACAGUGGCAGCAACGUCACCGACGAGGGAACGACCAGCACGACGACGACGACAACGACAACCAUCGACGACACCGAUGACGACGACGACGGGGACGUAGAGGGAAGAAGAACAACAGAGAGUCGGUAGUCAUCGGUUCGCAAGUGCGGAGGCUACUUAACGAGUGACAUAGUCCGUUGGCAGUUCAGUUGGCCGUAGACGGCUAGCAGGUGCGAGCUAUACUGUCAUAUUUCACCUUUUCCCAUUUUUUCUCUAUCCUUCUUAUGUGUCUCUCUGUUCUUCAUCUUCGCUAUCAUCCGGUCUAUUAUCGCUUGCCUUUGAACAAUUCGCUAAAAGACGUUUAUUUCUAUCGUGCAUGCGAUAGAUAGAUAAGUGAGCCGUGUUGUUCGUGGUUGCAGUGCUGGUGCCGUUGUUUGUUGUCGUUGUUCUUGUUAUCUCCGUUGCCUCCUCCGCCGGUAGCAGCGGCUGUUUUAGUGGAUAGUGGAUAAUAGUGUCGAGUGUGAAACUGGAGCCACUAGUGGUAACAGUCGCAGUCGAGAGGCAGAGCUAUCAUGUGCCCGCGGAAGAUCUUCGGAUUGGCCAUCGUCGCGCUGGUGACUCUUGGUGGACGAGUGGCAGCCUAUACGAAUCAGUGGGCAGUGCAUAUCGAAGGAGGACCGGAAGUCGCCAAGCAGGUCGCACGGGAACAUGGAUUUCAAUAUCUCGAUAAGAUAGUAGACGACUGGUACCAUAUGGUGCACACGUCAGUGGUGAAGAGGUCGGCGGAACCACAUUUCGGAGUACAAGGGAGGCUAAUAGAAGACCGCAGAGUGCGUCGAGCGGAGCAGCAGCGAGUGAAAUCACGAACGAAACGGGAUCUGAUAAUCAAACGCGGUCCGUCCAACCUAAGAACCGUUCUCAAUGACGAGAUGUGGCCUCAAAUGUGGUACUUGAAUAGGGGAAAGGGGUUAGAUAUGAACGUGCAGGAAGCCUGGGCUGAAGGAAUUACAGGACGCGGAAUCGUGGUCACGAUCCUUGAUGAUGGAUUGGAGAAAAAUCAUCCUGAUCUCUAUAGGAACUACGAUCCACAAGCGAGCUACGACGUUAAUAACCAUGAUGAAGAUCCCAUGCCAAGAUACGAUGUUCUAGAUAGUAAUCGACAUGGCACCAGAUGCGCCGGUGAAGUGGCUGCAACUGCUAACAAUUCCAUGUGCGCGGUGGGAGUUGCAUUCGGAGCUGGCGUCGGGGGGGUGAGAAUGUUGGACGGAGACGUGACAGACGCUGUCGAAGCGAGGUCUCUGAGUCUAAAUCCCCAACACAUUGACAUUUAUAGUGCCUCCUGGGGACCGGAUGACGAUGGAAAAACCGUCGAUGGUCCUGGUGAACUUGCUACUAGAGCUUUCAUCGAAGGAAUCACAAAGGGUCGCAACGGUAAAGGGUCAAUUUUCGUCUGGGCGUCAGGAAACGGCGGCAGGGAUCACGACAACUGCAACUGCGAUGGUUAUACGAACAGCAUCUGGACGUUGUCCAUCAGCAGCGCUACAGAGAAUGGUCAGGUGCCUUGGUACAGUGAAGCCUGUUCCUCCACUCUCGCUACCACCUACAGUUCCGGUUCAUCGGGAGAGAAACAAGUAGUGACCACUGACCUGCAUCAUUUAUGCACGAGCAGUCAUACGGGCACGUCUGCAUCGGCUCCCUUGGCUGCUGGUAUCUGCGCUCUCGCUCUCGAGGCGAACAAAGAGCUAACUUGGAGGGAUAUGCAACACAUUGUCGUCAGAACAGCGAAACCUGCUAAUCUCAAAGCUAUGGAUUGGGUAACCAACGGUGUUGGAAGAAACGUGAGUCAUAGUUUUGGCUAUGGGCUGAUGGAUGCCGCUGCCAUGGUUCGCUUGGCCAGAAGAUGGCGAACGGUACCGGAACAACACAAAUGCGAGGUUUCAGCUCCACAUAUGGGCAGGCCAAUACCACCAAAGAGCCAGCUAACUCUGGAAUUGCACGUCAAGGAGUGUAGCGGCGUUAAUUUUCUCGAGCACGUGCAGGCAAAGGUUUCACUGAUGGCCUCGAGGAGAGGAGAUCUUCAGAUACAGCUAACAUCUCCGCAAGGUACAAAGAGUACUCUCCUUGCGAAAAGGCCUCACGACAUCUCAAAGGCUGGUUUCAAUCAAUGGCCAUUUAUGUCGGUUCACACUUGGGGAGAAAGGCCACACGGCACGUGGAAGCUUGAAAUCCACAAUGAGGGUCGAUACCAAGGUCGUGCAACGCUCCACGAAUGGGCGUUGAUCUUCUAUGGAACGUCAACACUGCCCGAUCGCACGGAAUACGCGUUGUACAAUCCUGCCGGGAUGAACAUACCGAGAAGACCUUUCGUUAAACCACGGGAAACUGUGUUUUCGAAGGCACAAAACUCCCUGACGAGCUCGAAGAUCAAGCAGACUCAACAUAAGUCGGAGAAAUCCGGAAGCCUUAGUCCGCCGUAUGUGGUCAAUGCGCAGAUACAAUCUCAGAGAAAGAGCAAAGCGCGUGGUCAGCACAAAAAUGGCAAAUCAGCCAAUAAACCUACGCCAAAGCCCACCGUGCAAACGUUAAGAGGGUUGACAGUAGCCAGGGGACCUAACGGCGCCGGGGAGAUUCGUUUAAUCACGUCCAGACCUAGAGGAAGAAGCACGCCUAGUCCAAUCACUAUCACGACCACCCAGACCAGUCCACCUACCACGAUUCUUACCACCAAGGUGACCAGCAGACAAAAAAUCGUCGGCAUAGCAACGGCCUCGUCCCUUCAAAGAGGCCUUAUUCUCUUGGAGCCACCAGCGAAACCUGUUAUCAACAACGUGCCAGCCAUCUUCCAGCAAUAUCCUAAAAUUCAACAGCUCUAUCCACUCUAUCCCGUCUACGCUGGAGUUAGAGGAGCUGGUCAACAGCACGCAACCAGGGAUAAGGGUCUGGAAUUGCUCCAGGACGAACAGUUCGAUUCAAAGAACUUAGACAAGGACACUCUCGAAGAAUUCAAGCUAAUCUUCUACGGCACGGAGACGUCGUUGGAGUUGGACGACGACCUGGAUAAGGACAAACCACUAUCCUCUGUGAAUCAUCAGGAUGUGAGUGUGGACAACUCGGCAAUAGGCGCAAGGCACAACGUUGUGAUGACCGAUCCAUGGACAGGUAGCCAGCAGGUAGAAUGUGUGUCCCAUCAGGAAGUACAAAGACCGACGACCGAAAACCAGACCAGCGGUUGCAGUAGCAUCGAUCCUGGAAGUGGCAGGUGCCUAGAGUGUAAGCUGAACUGGUACUACAACAAUGGAAUCUGCGUGUACAAGUGUCCAACUGGAACUUACGGCAUUUCUGACGAGACAAAGGCAGUCUGCUCCAGUUGCCAUUACUCCUGCCUAACUUGUUCAGGAUCUUCGAAUACCGAGUGCACCAGUUGUCACGAGGAUGCCGAGCUUUCUAUGAACCUUGGCGAGACUGUAUGCAUCCUUCGCGAGCUUUCGUGGACGAUGCACUCCACCCUAUGGUUCUAUCAGAUGACCAUUUUGUUCUCGAUCAACAUCGUCCUAAUCACCCUGAUAAUUCUAUACGUGGCUGUCAAGUGGUAUUUGCGAAGAAGGAAUUCGCUAAUGUACGGAUAUAGUAAAGUCUCAUAUACAAAUAAUGGAGAUGCACAUAAAGAUAAGUUACAAGAAAAUGCCUCUUCGUCUGAUAGUGAAUAAAGAAAAUGGACGAAAAUAAACAGCAACCGAUGCUGGUUGUGUAAUUAGAAAAUGAGUGUAAUGCUAUAAAUCUGUGGACGGUCGAGAAGAGAGAGAAACAAGAAAUCCAAAAGAUUACACGCUCAAGAGAUUUUUCGAUGAGAAAGUGAAGGAUGAGAGAAAAUAAAAGGAACUAGGAAUGAACAAGCACGUGAUUACCGGUUUGUUGUGAAAUUUCGAUGUGAUUGUUUGUCAUAUAAUUAAUGUGUCAACAAUGGAUUACUAGUGACGUUAAUGAUAUUAACAAUAUUUUAAGCAGUGGCGAUACUCGGGAGGAUUCCGUCCUUCUGUUUGACACAUUCCAUUUGACGAGCAUGAAUUAAUAUGUUGUUAGUGAUCUCCCGGUGAAUGUUAUGGAUGCAGAGAAACGAUCGAGUUAAUGUAAUCGAAUUUGAUAAUGCAUUUAUCUACGUUGUGAUGCUUCGAGAAAAUAUGCGGAAUAUUAAAAAAAAGCGUUUUAGAUCAUUAUUUUUUAACACGUUGUAUUUUAAUCUCACCAAUAACACGAUGAAGUAAAGGAUAGAAUUAAUAACAUAGAAAGUGAAUAAGCGCAACUCAAUGUGAUCAAGUUAUUUAACCAAAUUAAACAAUUCCAAAUGCAUUUGUGUGUUCAAAAUCAAAAAUUUCUUUAAAAGUAAAAUUAAAGUUAAAGUUCAUGCCCGGAAUUUAAAUUUGAUGCUUAAGUGGCCAAAUUCUUCAUCGAGACAUAAUUAAUCGCGAUACAAAUAAAACGUAUCGCAAUGCAAAUACGCUUAAUAAGUUUGAAUUUUCAGCCAAUUAACACUUAAUAAUUAAGUACGCGUAGCCGAUUUUCAAUUAUCGUUACGGGAAUAAACUAAAUUAUACCGUCUAAUGUCUCGUCCUCGUCGAUAAUCAAAAUUAAAAUUGCAUUAUGCUCUGUAACUAACUGUAACACAAUUUUCUAACCGAGUUCCUAACUACAUAGAGCACAUUGUAUUUUAUAUACCAGCGAAAUUACCAUACGAUACUACUUACGUAAAUUACAUUAAAGAUAUAAGACGGAAUAAAAUAUAGUAGCAUUUCCUAACGACCAAAGACUUUAAACGUUGCACUGCUAUUCAAUUAGAGCGACUUUUAGAUGUACAUAACAAGAUCAAACAAGUAUUAUAAAUAUUAAAGCUAAUUAUUAAAGCUUGCAAGUUAAGUAGUUGUUAUUGUUAUUCCAAUGUAAUGUAAGAUACUAACUUUACAAUAAAAUUAAGGGACA